UUUUGGGGGUGGGGUACAGAGGGGUGGUGGGCCAAAUGUGCAAAACACACAAAUCAGUAUGACUGGGGCCUGCAAUUAUGUAAAUGUUUGUCCAAUGGAAGGCCCGCUAGCUGUGGGAAGAGCAGGGGAGGUUCAGAUCUCCAGAAGUCAUUGUGCAAUACUAGCCAACUCUAUAUAUAAGGCCACAACUAUGACACAUAAAACAGAGGAUUUCUGUGAGCUCUCCACUUCGUUUCGUUCAAUAAACAGUGUUUUUGGUGGUGGUAGAAUGCUGCGGUACGUUGUGGCCCUCUGUCUGCUGGCUUUGUCCUGGGCACAGGACUGCCAGGUGGCCAACAUCCAGGUCAUGCAGAACUUUGACAAGACAAGGUAUGCAGGUGUUUGGUAUGCCAUAGCAAAGAAGGACCCAGAGGGUUUGUUCCUACUUGACAACAUCGUGGCCCAGUAUACUAUCGCAGAAGAUGGCAAAAUGACUGCCAGUGCUAAGGGCAGAGUUAUCAUCCUCAACAAUUGGGAAAUGUGUGCCGACAUGUUGGCCACCUUUGAGGAAACCCCUGAUCCUGCCAAGUUCAGGAUGAAGUACUGGGGAGCUGCAGCCUACCUGCAGACUGGAAACGACGACCAUUGGGUGAUUGACACUGACUAUGAUAACUACGCCAUCCACUACUCCUGCAGACUAGUAGACUCUGACGGCACUUGCCUGGACAGCUACUCAAUGAUAUUCUCUCGCCAUCCGACCGGUCUGAGGCCAGAAGACCAGCGCAACGUCCACCAGAAGAAGAUGGACCUCUGCCUGCUAGGCAAAUACAGACGCGUUGCACACACUGGUUUCUGUGACAGCAGCUGAUCUGUUGACACUCAGAAAAUGUCUUUUUGAAGCACCCACCUUCGGGACAGUGUGUCCCUCCCCUCUGCAUGACUGAAUCCUGAAGUUCUCUCUCCUCUCUCUGUCUUUCCUUUCCGUCUAUCCUAAAAGGGAAUGUAGUGUGUUCUUCUUUAAAAAUAAACUCAAAAUCCUGACCUAUAAACUGUCACAUUCACAUGGCUAAUAGUGCAAAUAGAAAGAAAAGAUGACAGCUAACA